AUGGAAGAUUCAGUGGACACAGACAUGAGCCCCCUAAGGCUCCAGAACUAUCUUUUUGCUGUGGAGAAAGAUGCAGAGUCAGAAGAUCAAAAGGAAGAGGAUGUAAAACUCCUCAGUAUAUGUGGAAAGCCUUCUGUCUCUGGAUGUGGUAGUAACAUUCCACAGAAAAAAGUAAAAUUUGGUGCCAGUGGAGAUGAUGAUGAUAAUGAUGAUGAUGAUGAGGAGGAUGAUGAUGAUUUUGAUGAUAAAGAAGCUGAAGAAAAGCCUCCAGUAAAAAAAGGUCAAGCAUCUUUCAAAAAACAGGAAAAGACUCCCAAAACACCAAAAGGACCUAGUUAUGUAGAAGACAUCAAAGCAAAAAUGCAACCAAGUGUGAAAAAAGGUGAUUCUCUUCCUAAAGUAGAAGUCAAGUUCAUCAGUUAUGUGAAGAAUUGCUUCUGGAUGACUGACCAAGGGGCUAUUCAAGAUCUCUGGCAAUGA